CUGAGAACAAAAAAAGAAGCUCGUUAUUAUUCCUCUCAUUUGUUUCAUUUCUUCUUCCUCAGCUCUUUGAUUUUUGUGUUUCUUGAUCUGUGAGGAAGACCUCUCUUUCGAAUCUCUGCUCAAGACGUGAAUUUGAGGCAACCCCAUUUCGAUUCUCGUAUUCAAUUUGAUUGAAUUGAAGCAAAUCAACAUAGGAGUAAGGCGGGAAUCUCGAAUUUUUGAUUCUUCCAUUGGUGGUCUGAAAUCCAAAUGCGGUCUGGGAGAAGACCACAAGGAAGAAGAACUGCGACAAGGAACGGAACAGAGACGGAAUUGAGAUCGAUAAUCGGUGAGAAAUCGGGAUCGGAGGGGCGGAAUCUGAUCGGAUCUGAUGUUGGGUUCGGGAUUGUUGCUGUCAGGAGUUAGGGCUUUCUCGGAUUCGAUUUCUCUUGUCACUGUGGUGGGGCUGCACUACCAAGGAGGAUGCAGCUUCACAUAUCGCCUAGCAUGAGAAGCAUCACGAUUUCGAGCAGCAAUGAGUUUAUUGACUUGAUGAAGAUCAAGGUCGCAGCUCGUCACAUCUCUUACCGAACUCUCUUCCACACCAUCUUAAUCCUCGCUUUCUUGUUGCCUUUUGUCUUCAUCCUCACCGCUGUUGUUACCCUCGAAGGUGUCAACAAAUGCUCCUCCAUCGAUUGUUUAGGGAGGCGGAUAGGUCCACGUCUUCUUGGUAGGGUAGAUGAUUCAGAGAGACUAGCUAGAGACUUUUAUAAAAUUCUAAACGAAGUAAGCACUCAAGAAAUUCCAGAUGGUUUGAAGCUCCCAUAUUCUUUUAGUCAACUUGUCUCGGAUAUGAAGAAUAACCACUAUGAUGCAAAAACAUUUGCUCUUGUGCUACGAGCAAUGAUGGAGAAGUUUGAACGGGAUAUGAGGGAAUCAAAAUUUGCAGAACUUAUGAACAAGCACUUUGCAGCAAGUUCCAUACCCAAAGGCAUUCAUUGUCUCUCUCUAAGACUGACAGAUGAAUAUUCCUCCAAUGCCCAUGCUCGUAGACAGCUUCCUUCACCAGAGUUUCUCCCUGUUCUUUCAGAUAAUGCUUACCACCAUUUUAUUUUGUCCACGGACAAUAUUUUGGCUGCCUCAGUUGUGGUCUCAUCCGCUGUUCAGUCAUCUUCAAAACCCGAGAAAAUUGUCUUUCACAUCAUCACAGACAAGAAAACAUAUGCGGGUAUGCAUUCAUGGUUUGCGCUAAAUUCUGUUGCACCAGCUAUCGUUGAGGUUAAAGGUGUUCAUCAGUUUGACUGGUUGACGAGAGAAAAUGUUCCGGUUUUGGAAGCUGUUGAAAGCCAUAAUGGUGUCAGGAACUAUUAUCAUGGGAAUCAUGUCGCUGGGGCAAACCUCACCGAAACAACCCCUCGAACAUUUGCUUCAAAAUUGCAGUCUAGAAGUCCAAAAUACAUAUCUUUGCUCAACCAUCUUAGAAUAUAUAUCCCAGAGCUGUUCCCGAACUUGGAGAAGGUGGUAUUUUUGGACGAUGAUAUAGUUGUUCAAGGAGACUUGACUCCGCUUUGGGAUAUUGACCUUGGUGGUAAGGUCAAUGGAGCGGUAGAAACUUGCCGGGGUGAAGAUGAAUGGGUGAUGUCAAAGCGUUUAAGGAAUUACUUCAAUUUCUCUCACCCGCUCAUUGCAAAGCAUUUAGAUCCCGAAGAAUGUGCUUGGGCAUAUGGUAUGAAUGUCUUUGAUCUACAAGCUUGGAGGAAGACAAACAUCAGAGAAACGUAUCACUCUUGGCUUAGAGAGAAUCUAAAGUCAAAUCUGACAAUGUGGAAGCUUGGAACCCUGCCCCCUGCUCUUAUCGCGUUCAAGGGGCACGUCCACAUAAUAGACUCAUCAUGGCAUAUGCUUGGAUUGGGCUAUCAGAACAUGACCAACAUUGAUAAUGUGAAGAAAGCUGCAGUGAUCCACUACAAUGGGCAGUCGAAGCCAUGGCUCGAGAUUGGUUUUGAGCAUCUUCGGCCGUUCUGGACAAAAUACGUCAACUACUCCAAUGAUUUUAUAAAGAAUUGUCAUAUAUUGGAGUAGCAACGCAAAACCUUUAGAUGAUCCUGAAGGUACACUUACAGGUGUAAAAGACAGAGGAAGUAUAGAAAAGCAGAGAUGAAUAGAAGCCACUGCAGGCAGAGUUUACUCACUCACUCUAAAAGAAGAUUCAGAAAUUUAGUUUACCACAUACAUAAGAAACGUUGUUGCAGCGAAGGGGAAGCUGCAUAAGAGAAAGAGAGAGAGAGAUAAAGAAUCAUUCUUUCUGUAAAAUAGAAGGUACCCUUUUUUGAAAAUUCUUUCGGUUUCGAUUGGAGGGAUCCAAUUCUUGAAUCUUUUUUAUAAGAAAUGGGAAAGAUUGGGUUUAUAUAUGUCUUUUUUUUCUGGUUAUAUAUUAAGAGAGGGGGUCAUGACCAGAAAA